AUGUCCGCCUUCGCAGCCUUCGAUGACCCUGACGGCGACUACUCCUACGCCGAGGCCGAUCCCGCGACCACCACCCCCCCCUCCGACCCCGAAGCCUCCCGCAGCCGCGGCCGCUCCAACAACCCCCUGCUCGGCGACGAUAACCCGCUUGUCUCCGAGCUGGAGCAGGAAGUGCUGGACGAGUACUCCCGGCUGCUGCGCAACAUCAACCAGCUCUCCGAGAAGAUUGGCGAUCUCGCCGGAUCCCCCGCGUCCAUGACCCUCGACGGACUGCGUAUGCUCGAGCGGAAGACUGCGACGGUGUGCACAUUGCUCAAGGCUAGUGUGUAUAGCAUUGUGUUACAGCAGCAGAUUUGGAAUGAGAGUGAGGAGCAACAACAGCAGCAACAGAGUGAUCAAGAACAACAGUUCCAUGAUCAGGAGUAUCAACAUGGGGAAUAUGCGGGGGAGGGCGACAUGACUUAUCAGUGA